UCCGCGUGGUGGUGGGCGGUAGCCGGGACAUGUUGCUAGCGCUGCUGAGCCUGGCUGCAAUGUGCAGGAGCGUCCUGCCCCGAGAGCCGACUGUUGAGUGUGGCUCUGAGACAGGGCCAUCUCCAGAGUGGAUGGUCCAACACACUCUCACUCCAGGAGACCUGAGGUACCUCCAAGUGGAACUUGUUAAAACAGGUGUUGCAACAGAGGAUUUUUCAGUUUUGAUGAACAUAAGUUGGAUACUCCGGGCAGAUGCCAGCAUCCGCUUGCUGAAGGCCACCAAGAUCUGUGUGACUGGCAAAAACAACAUGCAGUCCUAUAGCUGUGUGAGGUGCAACUACACAGAGGCCUUCCAAAGUCAGACCAGACCUUCUGGUGGCAAAUGGACGUUCUCCUAUGUAGGCUUCCCAGUGGAGCUGAGCACACUGUAUCUCAUCGGGGCCCACAAUAUCCCCAAUGCUAACAUGAAUGAGGACAGCCCUUCCUUGUCUGUGAACUUCACCUCGCCAGGCUGCCUGAACCAUGUCAUGAAAUAUAAGAAGCAGUGCAUUGAGGCUGGAAGCCUGUGGGAUCCAAACAUCACUGCUUGUAAGAAGAAUGAGAAGACAGUUGAAGUGAAUUUUACAACCGAUCCCCUUGCAAACACAUACACGGUUCUCAUUCGACGGAAUGUGUUGUUGGGGAUUUCUACCGUGCUGGAGAAUAAACUGACACGGACAUCGGUAGCCAUUUCGGUGGAUGAGGAAAGUGAAGGUGCUGUGGUUCAGCUGACGCCGUAUUUGCACACCUGUGGCAAUGACUGCAUCCGACGUGAAGGAACAGUUGUGUUGUGUUCAGAGACAAGUGCUCCCUUCUCUCCAGAUAACAACAGAGGCAUGCUGGGAGGCUGGAUGCCUCUCCUCCUGGUGCUGCUGGUGGCUACAUGGGUGCUGGCAGCUGGGAUCUACCUAACUUGGAGGCAAGGAAGGAGCACCAAGACGUCUUUUCCAAUUACCACCGUGCUCCUGCCCCCCGUUAAGGUCCUGGUGGUUUACCCAUCCGAGGUCUGUUUCCAUCACACAGUCUGUCGCUUCACUGACUUUCUUCAAAACCACUGCAGAAGUGAGGUCAUCCUCGAAAAAUGGCAGAAAAGGAAAAUAGCCGAGAUGGGUCCAGUGCAGUGGCUUACCAGUCAGAAGCAAGCAGCAGAUAAAGUGGUCUUCCUUCUUGCCAGCGACAUCCACACCCUUUGUGACAGUGCCUGUGGCCAGGAUGAGGGCAGCACCAGGGAGAACUCUCAGGACCUGUUCCCUCUUGCCUUUAACCUUUUCUGUAGCGAUUUCAGCAGCCAGACUCAUCUGCACAAGUAUCUGGUGGUCUGUCUUGGAGAAGCCGACAUCAAAGGCGACUAUGAUGCUCUGAGUGUCUGUCCCCAGUAUCAUCUCAUGAAGGACGCCACCGCUUUCCACACAGACCUUCUCAAAGUGACACAAAACAUGUCAAUGAAAAAACGCUCAAAAGCCUGCCAAGGCAGCUGCUCACCCUUGUAGCCCACCAGAAGAGAGACCCUGGAGGCUUCCUACCCUACCAAUUCCAGUGACAGAAGGCUUUGUGAUAGCCCUGGAAUUUACUGUACAGGCUGAACUUGCUUGAAAACUGCAGCCUGCAGAGUCAGAACCUGAGCACACAUGCCCGAGGCUAGUCACUAGCCGGUUUUAUGGAGAUAGUGCAGUUAUACACAUUAGUGAGUGGAACCCUAAAUUUGCAAAGCUCAGUCACAUACCCAAAGCCUAAUAAUGCUCACCACUGAGAAGCAAGCAUUCUGGCAAUGAAGGAGGAAGGCAUUUCCCAGUCAGGCAUCCCAGUCUUGUACCAACUGCUCCUGCCUGCGCUGCACGCAGGACUGUUUAACCCUGUAACAUUUCGAUCUGUUAAUGGAUAAUCCAUUUGAGAGGCACUCACUAAUUCUGUACCUUCCUCAGAGAAAAAGCCUAGCACACACGCAAGCUGGACCCAGCUUGGCUGACCAGGAGACCGGUGUACGUGUCACCACCGUACUGUUUGUUAUUUGUAGAGUGCCUUUCCUUGCCAAACUUUUGGACAGGCAACCUUUCCUUUUUAUCUUAAGGGCCAGGAAUUGAAUCCUGGGUAUUAUGCAUGCUGGACAAUGCUCUCCCCCUGAAAUCUAUCCCAGUCCCUUACAGGUGACCAGAUGGAGUGUGGCACCCUUACGCCCAGCCCUCAAGUGGCAGGAGGAACUCUGUGAGUCUGAGGCCAACCAAAGAUACACAGUGAGACCCUGUCCCAAACAAACAAAAAUGUGUUACCUGUAAAUCUGCUGUCUACUUUUGUCCAGUUACCUGUCCACUGUUCUAAUUCCAAGCUCUUGGUUAUUACAGAACAUUUCCUAUUCAAGUCAAAGUGAAUUCUUAAACUGAAAUUAGCUCUUCUGAAGUUAUGUAUCUUUUAAUAAUCAAUUACUUAAAUUAACAAAACAAAACAAAACAACCACCAAGGCCUGGAGAGAUGGCUUAGAGGCUUAGAGCA